UCGGAGGGCUCUAGCAUGGUCCCCUUCAGCCUCUCUUUUGUCUGGCAUUUUAGUGGGAAGCUGGUGUCACCAAAGUGGAAGAAUUUCAAGGGGCAGCGGCUGCUUUGCCGGGAUAAAAUCCGUCUCAACAAUGCUAUCUGGAGAGCGUGGUACAUCCAGUAUGUGGAGCAGAGGAAGAACCCCAUGUGUGGUUUCAUCACCCCCCUGGAGGGAUCAGAGGCUGAUGAGCAUCGAAAACCAGAGGCUGUCGUGCUGGAGGGCAAUUACUGGAAACGUCGCAUUGAAGUGGUAAUGAGGGAGUACCACAAGUGGAGGAUCUACUACAAGAAGCGGCUCCGAAAGUCCAGCCGGGAGGGAGAGCUCUCCAGCCCAAAGCAGGACGAGGAUGCCUGGAGACCAACGGAGAAAUGGUGCAACCAGCUCUUCUGCAAUGUGGUGCCCAUGCUGCUUGGGAACGAGGAAGAGGAGCUGGGGGGCAGGCAGCACUUCGACUUGGACACCUUCCUAUCAGACAUCUCUGACACACUCUUCACCAUGACACAGACACCCAGCACCCACCAGGCGCUCCCAGAGGAUGCAUAUAUUGGGAAUGCUGACAUGAUCCAGCCAGACUUGGCACCCCUGCAGCCCAGCCUGGAUGAUACCAUGGAGAUCUCAGAUAUUUUCAUCAGCCAUCGGCCAUUGCCUGCACAGACACAGCUGGGCUACCAGGAGCCACCCUGCUUUGUGACUACGGCAGAACCCCUCUAUGGUGGCGGAGGGGCCAUGCCUGCCAGCCCCGAUGCCCUGCUCCCUCCCAGCACCCUCCUCCAGCCUGGCGGUGCCUCCCAGCUCAGCCUCCAUGGUGCUUUCCUCAGCUCCGAGCAACCCGUGCCACCGCUGGCUCCCGAGCCCCCUGCUGCAGUGCCUGGCAGCCUCAGCCCCCAGCUCAAACACAAGCCCUUGCUGCAGUACAACUUCCCUGGCAAGUGCGUUGGCAUGGAGCCGCUCGGCCUCCCCUACAUCCCCCCCAGCCCAUCCCCUGGGCCCCCACUGCUGGGCCCAGAGCCCUCAUUUUCCCCCGUCUCCACCCCCCGCUCCAAGUUUCCCUACACUGCCUCACCCAGCCCCUCACUCCUCGCCCACCCCGUGUCCCCGCUCUCCACACCAUGCUUCGCCCAGCACACCCCGGACAUGGGCUAUGCUGUGGACAUGGUGCCCCCAGGGUACCCUGGCCCAGCUGCCCCCCAGCACCUGCCCCACACCACACUGGGCAGCCCCAGGUUUGCCACCCCAAAAGGGCCAUCCCCUGGUGGGAGUGGGCGGUCGAAGGCAAAGACUAGCAGCACCAAGGCAAAGAGGCUGCCAGGGCCCUCCGUACCACACCUGGCUGUGCCCAACCCCUGCCUGACCCAGCUGCUGACCACAGCAGCCAAGCAGGAGCCAGCCCUGGACACCUCGCCUGCGCAUCGUCCUGCACUCCUGCCUGCAUCCCCUGUCUCCCCGCAGCAGAGCAGUGUCCCUGACGUCCCUGCCGCCUUCCUGUCCAGAAUGGCCCAGCUGAGCCCAGGGCUGUCUCCUGGCUCCAGCCCUUCCCAGGCAGUGCCAGUGCCAGUGAUACUGGCAGGCGCUGCACCGGGGCCGCUGCUGGUCCCCAAGGUGGAGCAGCUGUCCCCCACAUCAUCUUGUGGCAGUGACUGGCCCAAACCCAGACAGGCCUCCUCGGGACCCACUGCAGGGCUGGGCACUGGCAUCUCCCUGCAUCAUCCCACAUCCCGUAGGGGCAGACCUGAGUCCAGCAAGAUAGAAAGCCGGCGUAUCACACACAUCUCUGCUGAGCAGAAGAGACGCUUCAACAUCAAGCUGGGCUUUGACACACUGCACAGCUUGGUGAGCACGCUGAGCACCCAGCCCAGCAUCAAGGUCAGCAAGGCCACCACCUUGCAGAAGACAGCUGAGUACAUCUGCAAGCUACAGCAGGAGCGGGCAGCCCUCCAGGAUGAGGCACAGCGGCUGCGGGAGCAGAUCGAGGAGCUCAACAGCUCAAUCAACCUGUGCCAGGAGCAGCUGCCAGCUACGGGAGUGCCCAUCACGCGCCAGCGCUUUGACCAGAUGCGCAGCAUGUUCGACGAGUACGUCCGCUCCUCCACACUGCAGAACUGGAAGUUUUGGAUUUUCAGCAUCAUUAUCCGGCCCCUCUUCGAGUCUUUCAACGGCAUGGUGUCCACAGCCAGCAUGGAGAGCCUCACCCAGACAUCUCUUGCCUGGCUGGACCAGCACUGCUCCCUCCCAGCGCUUCGGCCCACCGUCCUGAGUUCCCUGCGGCAGCUGAGCAUCUCCACCUCCAUCCUGAGCGACCCGGCGCGCAUCCCCGAGCAGGCGACGCGGGCGGUGACCGGGCCGCCCCGCGGCAGCUCCUCGUAGCCGCCCCGGGGCUGCCGCGCGGGGCCAGCCUGAGCCGGGCGCUCGCCUUGGCCGGACGAACGCCCACCGACGGCAACGGGGAGCCCCCGGCGGGGCUGCGGGGCCGAUGGCAGG